GUCCAGGAUGCGUCAUGUGAUGUCAUCACAAUGCGCAUUCAGCCAAAGUCCCCUUCGAUUUGCAUGUGUGGAAUGUGAGUACAGCUAAAAGAUCUCAUUGACCAACAAACAUAUCUGUGAAAGAAUGUGCAAUUGCAUUUUUUGCCAGUUUGAGUAGUUUUUUCACCAAAACAAAACUCAAAUUGCAUCGCCAAUUUUUUAUAUAUAUAUAAAAGUCAAUAAAAAAAACGCAGCAAAAUCAAGAUGCUGCAACAAUCACAAAAAACUCAGCGAGUACAGACCGUACAAUGGAAAUCACAUUUACCGAAUAUAUUUAGCGAUGUGCAUAAAUAAAAAUCUUGUUUUUGCCUCAACAAAACUUGUGAUUCGAUGAUUGGCUCAGAAAAGUAAAAUUAGUGGCCCAAUCUCAUUACAUAGCAUCUCAAAUGUUGUUUUUGUAAUUCUGAAAUGCCUGAGCCAAAUCAAAAUGGUUUGGUAUUUAUCUCCCAGAACUGUCUCACACAAUUACGUUCCCAAAUAUCAGGCCUCUGCCUGCAACUGCAAUAACAUGAGGUUUGUGAUAGCAUUUCGUCUGCACGGUCUGAAGUGCAAGUCAUUUAUUAUGUUGGAGAAAAGAGCCACAGUGUCUUCCCCUAUUGUAACAACUUCCAUUCGUAUUGAUACUUUGCGCCAGUUUCCCCAGAAGUGACGAUUUUAUUCUCUUGAACACACGGGAUGGAAAUGGUGCUUUAUUCACAAAUGUUUUGUGAUAUUCCAAUUUUUCACAGAAGUUAAAUACACAACUUGGAUGGAAACAAAGCUAAUGUGAUGUUCUUCUGUGCAUUUGAUCGCCAUUGUGUAUGAUGAACUUGCAAACAUGCUAGGAGUGGCAGCAGAGAUGACAAUACUUAUAACAGUAGCGGAUUACACAACUGAAGUGUUUUCAGUGCAGUUCAUGUCUUCUAUUCUGAGAAACGGAUGUUGCAGUAGUAUGAUUUAUGGGGAGUUCAGAGAGGGAGGGAGUUGCAAAAUCCAUCCAAAUGUGGCACUGUAACAACCCUAAUUUCCAUAUAAAUGAAAAUUGAUGUAUGUAUCUCACGCGUAUAACUUUUAAUGUUUUCCCCUUUUUCUUUUUUCUUUCUCAAAGAAGUUGGCCAUUCUUAGUCCAGUCUAUUUCUUGUGUAGCUGCUAAUGUAAAGUCUGAGGUCAAGAUGAUGGGUUAACAUUGGAGGAGCUGAGACAGAACUGUCACUCUUCCAGAAGUAUUGUGGGUAUCAUCAGCAUUUCUGUAAUGCCAACUAACUGCAACUGGCAGCAUCAAGUAGCUCAUUGGAUAUUCAUUUGUUUAACCCAAUUUCUCUUAUUGUGCCUGGUUAAAUGGUGAAGUUUGAGCAACUUUAAAGGAACCCAAUCACUUCAAAUGGUUUACUGAAACUGGAAGUCAUGUUUUGUCUUUGUUAGCUAAAUAAAAUAUCACCUACAUAUUGUGUAUUAUGAAAAUAUCUUCCAUUAUGUUAAGAUUUUUGUCCCUCAGUUGCACUUGGUUUUAUUUUCUUCUCAACAGUUCGGGAAAUAAUAUGCUUGGUGGGCAGCAGCCUCAGAAACACUAUGGCAUCACGUCCUCAAUCAGCCUGGCCUUUCCCCGGGAUAUUGACCACCUGUACACUCAGAAACUCAUGGAGGCCAUGAAACCUUUUGGAGUGUUUGAGGAUGAAGAUGAGCUUAAUCACAGGCUUGCAGUUCUUGGUAAGCUGAAUUCAUUUGUUAAAGAGUGGAUUGCAGAGAUCAGUGAAUCAAAGAAUCUGCCCCCUUCGGCUGUAGCAAAUGUUGGCGGCAAAAUCUUUACCUUUGGGUCCUAUAGACUGGGAGUGCACACAAAAGGUGCUGAUAUAGAUGCCUUGUGUGUGGCACCUCGACAUGUUGAAAGGAGUGAUUUCUUCGCAUCUUUUUUUGAAAAACUCAAACAGCAUGAUGAGAUCAAGGACCUACGGGCUGUCGAAGAUGCAUUUGUCCCAGUGAUCAAAUUCAAGUUUGAUGGGAUCGAGAUUGAUCUUCUUUUUGCAAGGCUUGCCCUGCAGUCUAUCCCAGAUAACCUGGACCUUAGAGGAGAUUCUCUGCUCAGAAACCUGGAUAUUAGAUGUAUUCGCAGUUUAAACGGUUGUCGUGUUACUGAUGAAAUCCUGUACUUGGUGCCCAACAAAGAGAACUUCAGACUUACUCUACGAGCCAUCAAACUGUGGGCUAAGCGUCGUGGAAUCUACUCGAACAUGCUUGGCUUCCUGGGUGGUGUGUCCUGGGCCAUGCUGGUGGCCAGAACCUGUCAGCUUUACCCAAACGCUGUGGCUGCUACACUUGUGCACAAAUUCUUCCUUGUCUUCUCCAAAUGGGAGUGGCCAAAUCCUGUCCUUUUAAAGCAACCUGAAGACAGUAACUUGAAUCUGCCAGUCUGGGACCCACGGGUAAACCCAUCAGACAGGUACCAUUUGAUGCCAAUUAUCACACCUGCAUAUCCCCAGCAGAAUUCUACCUACAAUGUGUCCACCUCCACCCGCACAAUCAUGAGCGAAGAGUUCAAAUAUGGCCUUACAGUUACAGAUGAAAUCCUUCAGGGUAAGGCUGACUGGUCCAAGUUGUUCGAGCCACCAAACUUUUUUCAAAAGUACAAACAUUAUAUUGUGCUUACUGCCAGUGCAUCCACUGAGGAGAACCACCUAGAAUGGGUUGGGCUGGUUGAGUCGAAGAUUAGAGUGCUGGUUGGUAACUUGGAGCGAAAUGAAUACAUCACUCUUGCUCACGUGAACCCACAGUCUUUUCCCUGGUCGAAGGAGAGCCGUAAUGACAAUGACUUUGUUUCAAUGUGGUUCAUUGGAAUCAUUUUCAAAAAGUUGGAGAAUGCUGACUGUGUGAACAUUGAUCUGACAUAUGACAUCCAGUCCUUUACAGACACUGUCUACAGGCAAGCCAGUAACAUUAACAUGCUGAAGGAAGGGAUGACCAUCGAAGCCACACACGUGAGGAAGAAGCAGCUACAUCAGUACCUGCCUGCUGAACUUGUGCACAGAGGCAAGAAGAAGAGCUCGGGAGACCUGAAUCGCAGUUCAAAUGGUGGUGGGUCUAAACGCUGUUCGCUGGAUGGCAGUCAGCUGGACAGUUCCAGAGACACCGAUACAGGCACACCGUUCAGCUCUCCUACCGCAAUCAUAAAAAGCUGCAAGUCAGUCUCCACACCUGAUGACAGCAUUACCCCACCAACGCUUUCAGUUCCCAUGUUUGUGGAUAGCUCCCCAUCCUCCGAGUCAUCUCCUUCACAGAAAGGGCCAGGAAUGUCUAUUCCAGUAAUUGGAGCGCAGACAUCAGUCACACAGGUGGCCAAGCCCACAGUGCCUGUCACAGGGAGCAACAUUCCCACAGUGGUGGGCCGAAAUGUGUUGCCACGUAUGAGCCCACCCAACACCAGCUCAUCUGACCUGACCAACGGCCUCAAUGGAGCUGCACCUAAGAGGCCCCACUCCCCUUCACUGGAGGAGCCACACAAGAAACUGAAGGACACAGAGCAGGUAUUCGCUGAUGAAGAUGCGUUUAAAGAACCAUACCCACCUUCCUCUAAUGGCCAGGAAACAGGAGAUGGCCCAACAGGGGAGGGUCAUGCAAUUACAAAGCCUAUGCCCAUUCCCACGAUCGAUACAUCAAGAACACAGAGACUGCCCAGUAAAGAACUGCCAGAUGCUUCCUCUCCAAUACCUACAAGCAACCUGCGUGUCAUUAAGAACUCAAUCAGACUCACUCUUAACCGAUAGCAGUGAACACUCCAUAGGCAAUGAUAAAUCUGGCAGCCAUUCCAGGAUUUUCUUUUUCAUCUUAAUUUACCAUCAUUCAGACUGUCUGCCUGGAGGCUACUUGAGCGAGCCAGAAAACUGUGGACAGCGUCAAUGCUUUUAAUUUCAGGCUGCCACAGGUGCUCAUCUGAUCUUCCUUGAGACAUUGUAAAACAUCAUCAGUAUAAAGUGUAGACUAUGGAUUUUUAUAUAUAUAUAUAUAUAUAUAUAUACAUAUAUAUAUACUGCCUCAAUGUGUCAAAUACUUGCUAAGUGGACAUCUAUCUGAGCGUGUUUUGACAUGUAACUUGUACAGUAGAUGUAGUUUGUAUAUAAUGUCUUUAAAGUCAUUGUUAAUCUUUCUAUACCAUUCUAUUGUAGUUUUUACUAACC